GGCGAGGGGCGGGACCUCGGUGGAGGGAUUCUAUUUCCGGGGCGGGGCCGGCGGGCGGGGCGGGCGCGCUGUCGCCCGGCCUGUGUGGAGCUCGGUGGCGGCAGACGCAGCGGUGGCGGCCGCACGGCGCAGGCACCGGCUCGGGGAGCGGCACCAUGAGCGGAUCACAGAACAAUGACAAAAGACAAUUUCUUCUGGAGCGACUGCUGGAUGCAGUAAAACAGUGCCAGAUCCGCUUUGGAGGGAGAAAAGAGAUCGCCUCGGAUUCUGACAGCAGGGUAACCUGUCUGUGUGCUCAGUUUGAAGCUGUCUUGCAGCAUGGCUUGAAGAGGAGUCGAGGAUUAGCACUCACGGCGGCGGCGAUCAAACAGGCAGCUGGCUUCGCCAGCAAAACCGAGACAGAGCCCGUGUUCUGGUACUACGUGAAGGAGGUCCUCAACAAGCACGAGCUGCAGCGCUUCUACUCCCUGCGCCACAUCGCCUCGGACGUGGGCCGGGGCCGGGCCUGGCUGCGCUGUGCCCUCAACGAGCACUCUCUGGAGCGCUACCUGCACAUGCUGCUGGCCGACCGAGGCAGGCUCAGCACUUUUUAUGAAGACUGGUCUUUCGUGAUGGAUGAAGAAAGGUCUAGCAUGCUUCCUACCAUGGCAGCUGGUCUGAACUCCAUACUUUUUGCCAUUAACAUUGACAACAAGGAUUUAAAUGGGCAGAGUAAGUUUGCUCCCACUGUUUCCGACCUCUUAAAGGAGUCAACGCAGAAUGUGACCUCCUUGCUGAAAGAAUCCACACAAGGAGUGAGCAGUCUUCUCAGGGAGAUCACGGCCUCCUCUGCUGUAUCCAUCCUCAUCAAACCUGAGCAGGAGGCUGACCCUCUGCCUGUCGUGUCUAAGAACGUCAAUGCAGAUGCCAAAUGUAAAAAGGAGCGGAAGAAGAAAAAGAAAGUGACCAACAUUAUCUCAUUUGAUGACGAGGAGGAUGAACAGAACUCUGGGGACAUUUUUAAAAAGAUACCUGGGGUAGGGGAGAGCUCAGAGGAAAACUCAGACCGCUCCUCAGUCAAUAUCAUGUCAACCUUUGAAGGCCCCUUUGGGCCAAAUUCCAAUGGAAGUCAGAGCAGCAACUCAUGGAAAAUUGAGUCUUUGUCUUUGAAUGGGGAGUUUGGGUACCAGAAACUUGAUGUGAAAAGCAUCGACGAUGAAGAUGUAGAUGAAAAUGAGGAUGAUGUGUAUGGGAGCUCAUUGGGAAGGAAGCACAUGCACUCAGGGUCACCAGAGAAGCCACUGGAUGGGGAUGCCUGCCUCUCCCAGGUGCACAGCUGGGCUCCACUGCAGGUGCUACAUGGUGACAACGAUGUCCUCUUCCCUGUCAGUGGAGUGGGCUCCUGUGGUUCCACAGGUGUGCCCCUGGGAAGCCUGGAGAAUGGGACAGGACCGAACAACCACCUUCCGGUGGAGCCUGGCCUUCGGUACAGUGUGCAAACCAGCUGUCCAAGCCAAGGAAGUCCUCUAACCAACCUGUUACCUUCUGCCUCAGUGCCAGAGUCAAUGACAAUUAGUGAAUUGCGGCAAGCCAUCGUAGCCAUGAUGAAUAGGAAGGAUGAGCUGGAAGAAGAGAACAGGUCACUGCGGAACUUGCUUGAUGGCGAGAUGGAGCACUCAGCUGUGCUGCGGCAAGAGGUCGACACCUUGAAAAGGAAGGUGGCUGAGCAGGAGGAGCGGCACACCAUGAAGAUCCAGGCAUUGGCAAGAGAAAACGAGGUGCUUAAGGUCCAGCUGAAGAAAUAUGUAGGAGCUGUCCAGAUGCUGAAAAGAGAAGGUCAAACAGCUGAAGUUGUGCCAAAUCUCUGGAAUGUUGAUGGAGAAGUCACUGUCCCUGAACAGAAGCCGGGAGAAGUUGCUGAAGAGCUAGCAAGCUCCUAUGAAAGGAAGCUCAUUGAGGUGGCUGAGAUGCAUGGGGAGCUGAUUGAGUUCAAUGAACGCCUGCACCGGGCCUUGGUGGCCAAGGAGACCCUCGUAUCCCAGAUGCGCCAGGAGCUCAUCGACCUCCGGGGGCCGGUGCCUGGAGAUUUGAGUCAAACAUCCGAAGACCAGAGUUUGUCGGAUUUUGAAAUAUCAAACCGGGCACUGAUCAACGUCUGGAUCCCAUCAGUAUUUCUCCGUGGCAAAGCAGCAAAUGCAUUCCACGUUUAUCAGGUUUAUAUCCGGAUAAAAGAUGAUGAGUGGAAUGUUUACCGACGGUACACAGAGUUCCGGGGUUUGCACCAGAAGCUACAGAACAAGUACCCUCAAGUGCGGGCCUACAACUUCCCACCCAAAAAAGCCAUCGGAAAUAAGGAUGCCAAAUUUGUAGAGGAACGGAGAAAGCAGCUCCAGAGUUACCUGCGCAAUGUCAUGAACAAAGUCAUUCAGAUGGUGCCCGAGUUUGCUGCCAGCCCCAAGAAGGAGACUCUGGUGCAGCUGGUGCCUUUCUUCGUUGAUAUCACCCCUCCUGGAGAGCCUCUGAACAAGAACAGCCGGCCCAAAGUGGCUUCCCGCUUCCCCAAGUUAUCCCGCGGGCCCCCAAGAGAGACACGCAAUGUUGAACCCCAGAGUGGUGACCUCUGACCUCAGCAGAAUCCUGCACUCUGGCUGCUCUGUCUGGCCUGGCCAUAGCAGCUGGCCCCUGAUGCCUUGGCGUGAUGACCACGUCGACUUGGUGAACCCCAAAGAGCACACCUUCCUGCUGGCCACCUGCCACCCUGAUUAAACUGCUUGGUGUCAGAGCACCAGGUCCCUGUCCAUAGAGCAAGAUGGCUCUUCGCUGCAGACUGGGACAUGUGGUCACUACUCACCCAAGGCAGCAAAAGCUGUCACUCCCAUUCCUGCAGUGCAGGGGCCAGCAGCAGGGUAGGUACCCAGUUAGACUGGGAAUCCCCUGGCUGAGAUGCACAACUCCAGUGACUCUUUCCUGCAAGGGGAGUAGAACGACUGUUAGCCUCUUUUGCUCUUCUUUUUAAUGUACAGUAUUUGCCUCUCUAUGACCUGUGGACGAACGGAGGGGAUCUUGCACCUUUCAUUUAACGCUGCACCAUGGUCCACAGGCACCCAGUCGCAUUGCCACUGUGGCCCUCACUGGCGUCUCUCCUCCAGCAGACAUUCCCCAUGGCCUUGGGAAGGAGCCUUCAGUGACAUUUAUCUUCAAUUCUUUGAAAACUUUCCCACUCUCCCUGCCAUUGGCCUCUGGAAACACUGGCCCUGUAGGAAGCCCGAACAAGGCUUGUCAGGGGUUCAGCAGGCAGGUGGGGACCUUGGCCCCUCUGAACAUCAGUGGCCUUGGCCUUGGGUCCUGAGAGACUAGACUUGGAGAACCACUACAGAAGGCUUCAUGAGCCCUCAGGUUUUCAGACCCAGCUCCGUGUCCAGUAGGUCAUGAUUGUCCCCUCAAGUCACAUUCACCAUGUAUCGUCUGUCUCCAAACAGGCUCCCAAUGGGUGGAGAACCCUGUCUCCCUGAGACUCGUCAUUCUGUUCCUGCCUCAGGGCAGGGUGUCAUAGUCUAGGGACCUCAGCAGGCAGGGAGAAGGACAAGGACCAACAUGUGGCAGCCCACAUGCCCCACCUUGGACCUGCCUGACCAUGGUGUCACGGGACCCCAGCUGGUGGCUGCUUUAACCUACAGAAUCGUGGAACCAGUCCUGCCUAGUCAAGAGCCUCCUCUAUGGCUGAGUGCAGCUGGGAGAAUUUGCAGAAUGGACCAUGAAGGAAAUAGUGUAUGUUCAGCUUUGCCUGUGGCAGGUGGAGGUGUUGGGGAAUUCUAUGCACGAGGUGAUCGUGGAAGCCGCCGUGGCUUGUGCUGGAACUGCUCCAGCUCAUUGGUUGACAUCUUGGUGGACCAUCUGGUGAGCGUGCUUUCCUAACUCAAGGAGAACUUGGGGAAGAAUCGUCUGGAAGAUGGGCGCUUCUGGUCCCCUGGUCACCAGAGGGAAGCUUCUUCAGGCAGUUAGGGUAAGCACAAGUCACUGCCAUUAGUCCCGCAGGGAAGCAGAGAAGAUGCAAUGGGCUCCUAAGGCCACCUCGGGCCAGAUGAAGCAGAACGAGCCUGCUGUUCUUAAUGGCUAGUUGCGGGCGCAGGGGCUCUAUUUGAGUGAGCUCUGGCUUCUGGAGGGCAGCAUUUCCUCUCCUAAUCUCCCCGAAUGACACACAGCUUUCCUGAACCAAGCAGCCUGAGGCUCGGGCUGCCCCACCACACUGUGCUCCUGCUUUGGGAUAGCUGUAAAGCAGCCCUUGGCUGUCCACUGCAAGACUGUCUCAGCACUGGCCUCUGAACGAGGGCUCUGUGCCAAAACGGCUUCCCUGUUAUAUGUAUGCGCCCCACUAGGGAGGGGAGCCCCCUGUCUCCGGUGUGCCCCUGGGCCCAGGGUCCAGAUCAGGACUGUGGAGCACUGGACCUGAAACCCACCCUCACCCUGUCCAGCUACCCAACCAGAAAAUCUUGCUGACAUUGUACACAUGGAUUUAAAACAAAAAGCAAAUGAAACCCAAAGAUACCCAGAGCUACAAUCAGCUCCACCUUCUUGCUUUGUAAAGCUUAAUUAUUCAUAGAAAACUCCCUGAGCUCUCCUACCAUGCCAAAUGGAAAAGCACAUUCCCUGGGGCCAUGUGGGAAUGCCCCAGCCACUAGCAGUCUGUCCCCCAUCUUUUAUCUCCCAGAAACCCCAGCAUCACUCUAGGGCUGUGGGUUGUCUGUCCCCUGUCACUUUACCUCACGAGUGCGUGGCCUCUGCCCAGUGUGCACGUAUGUGACUCCUGUGGAGCUUUUGGAACAGUGGCAGGUUUGUUGUGCCUGUAAAACAGCAGGCAAUGGAAAGCUGUUUACAUCUGUCCACCUGAUAACCAACCCCAGCUGACACCAGCAGGCCACAGGCAGAGGGGUCCACUCAUGAGGUCUGAGGUUUGGGCUCCAGAGCAAGGAAACAGGAGCAGAGAUACAACCCUCCCCCAGUGGGUGCCACCCAGUGCCACCUCCGGGCUGUACUCUCCUCACCCCGGAACCCGCUCGGUAGCCUCGGCAGCCUUGUGGCUACCACAUUGUCACUGAGUUCUCCAGGGGAUGCUCUGCUCACGUGAGGACCCGGCCAUGCCAUUCCAGGCCGUGGCCCCUGCCCCCCAGCUCCGUCCGCCUGUGCCUCUUAGAGACACCGGCCACACACAGGCCAGACCUGCUCUCCAGUGCCCAGGCACACAUGCUCCUUCCAGUCACCACCGAACAAACCCUUAGUCCGGCUCCUCCACACGCUCUGGCCCCAGCCCAACCAGCUCUCCAGAAGCCUCCCCUGGCCUUGAUGUGCAACCAGUGGCCAAGAAAGGGCUGGGUCUAUAGCCCCCAGCACCUGCCCAAGGAAGACCCUGGCACGGGCGGCCCCUGGCCCUGGCCCAGCAUGUCAGACUGAUUGUUACCCCUUAGGGGUGAGCUUGGACCCAAGUCCCAACCCCAGUGGCUGCAAGUGUCUUGGCUUCUCCUCGGUGUCACUCCAAAUGAUGGGGGGCCCACGCCGCCUCUGCAGCCUGGAGGCUCUGACCUGGCAGAUGCGUGCUGUUUUCUGGAGACGGGUGCCUCCUUACAAACAAGGUCUAUUGUAAUGAACAUUUUUCAAAAUAUUGUGCAUUAUGUUAUUAAAACUAAUGUUAAAUAUUUGCUGUUCAGAUUGGCUUCUGUGCUAAUUUUGCAGAACUGUAGCACUGUAUAUUUUAUCUAACAUUUCUGUGCCAAAAAGUUCAUUUUACUGUUUCAGUAACACAUGGUCUUGAUUAUGCUUCUGAAAUAAAACUUAAGCUCCUGGAUUGAUAGGAAUGAGAGUUUAGCACCAUGGCUCCUGAUUCUAUACAACCUGGACCCCAGGGUUUGGCCCGUGGGUCACCCCGUGCUGAAAUGCACCAGCCAGCUGUUUUCAGCAUGAGCCGUUGUGUUUCAUGGGCCUAAUCAUGGUAGCUUCUGAUUCAUCACGGAUCCCUUACUUUUAUUCUUAAGCUCUAACAACCAAGUUCAUGGGCUUCCUUACACCCAGAGUUUUUACAGAAGUCAAAAAGGAAAAGGAUGUGGGCUUCCUUGAAGAGGGCUGAGCUGCCCUGUGGACAAGUGUCCCCACCAAAUGAUGCCAGGUCCCUUCUCUUACUGCAUGCUUCCCUGUCCUGCCUAGGGAGCCGCUGGCUGCCUGCAGCCCACCACUUCCCUCUCCCAGCUGUCAGCAGCCACUCAGUCCCUUUCGGGUCCCUUUACCAUCAGUGAGGACACGGGUGCCUGCUUCAGGACAGAGGGCAGGACAUACGGUAGAUGGCAUGUUUGUCAUCAGAAGUCACUGAACACAGGAAAGGAGCCCGGCGACACGGAUCUCCAGGGUUGGGGAAGGAAAGUGGCCCUUAGAUCGUGGAAAUAAAGCCUUAGCCUCUGCAGGGGCCUUGGCUUCUUAGCCCUGGCAUCGAGGACGGGCAGGUCGCUGUGCCUCGCUGGUGUGACCUGACCUGUUGGAGCAAGCUUUUCUGACGUGGGUGCUGGUCAUGCUGAGCAGUGAGUUACCUGGAGCCCAAGUGGCACAUGGGCAGGACCUGGCCGGCCACAGGUGCAACUGGACGUGUAGUACCCUAACUACCCUCUUCUGUUAAGGUUUACAUGAUAGAAUUUGUAAGCAAAUACGUUUAAUUUUCUAAAAUCUCUUGUAUUAAAUUUUCUUUUGGAAUAAGCUGUGGUAAUUUUGUUACGAACUGGUUGAGAUAAACCUCUUUACAGUGACAAAAUAAAAUGGCGACAUUUUAUAAAUUAGA